AUUUCGCUGCUUUUGCAUCGCGAUUGCAUCAAACAAAAUUAUAUCGCCCAACCAGAAAGCGCGCCCGAGGGUGCAAAUGAUUAGAUAUAACAUUUGAUCAUUCUACUUAAUUCUCUAUUUCUUCGUACUCCCUACUCCUUUAGGUAUUCCCUUCUUCCUAUCACAAAUUGAUAGUACAACCAUUCAACUCGAUCAAUCAAUCAAACACGCAUCAGAUUCGGCACCACUAGACAUUUGAGCGAAUCACAAUUAAUAUAGACGACCCGUGCUGUCAUCUUCUUGUGUUGCAUCACCUCGCUCUUCGCUUCGCCUUGGGAAAACCUCAUACCUCGACCUUUCAUUACUACGACCACACCAAUACCUAUUUCACUACGAAAUCCCCCACAUCUCGAUUAAGACCUACCGUAUCGCAUUUUAUCUCGAACUCUUUACCGCAGUUGAAUCGACGCGGCCCACCCUUCAUCAUCGCGACUCUCUAAACCAAAUCCAACAAGCUCCCGACCUUUUGGUUAUUUGAAUAUCAGAGACAACAACAUGGGCUCCACAGACGGGAGCGAGUCUUCCUCUACCAACGACCGCCGGUUGCUCUUAAUCUCUAACCGACUUCCUAUUACGAUAAAACGAAAGGAUGAAGGCAACUACAGCUUCUCUAUGUCAUCUGGGGGUCUUGUCACUGGCCUGAGUGGUUUAAGCAAGACGACAAGCUUCCAAUGGUACGGCUGGCCUGGUCUAGAAGUUCCCGAAGCCGAAAUACCCACCGUUAAACAACAGCUAAAAGACCAAUACAACGCUCACCCUAUAUUUGUCGAUGACGAACUUGCAGAUAAGCAUUACAACGGCUUCUCCAAUUCGAUUCUUUGGCCCUUGUUCCACUACCAUCCCGGCGAGAUCACCUUCGACGAGAACGCGUGGGCAGCCUAUAAAGAGGUUAAUAUGCUUUUUGCGAAGACUGUCCUGAAGGAUGUUCAAGAUGGAGACCUCAUUUGGGUACACGAUUAUCACCUAAUGCUCCUCCCCGAAAUGCUACGUAACGAGCUAGGAGAUAAGAAGGACGUGAAGAUCGGUUUUUUCCUCCACACCCCAUUCCCCAGCAGCGAAAUCUACCGUAUCCUCCCCGUCCGCGAAGCCUUGCUCGAAGGUCUCCUACAGUGCGACCUAAUCGGCUUCCAUACCUACGAUUACGCCCGACAUUUCCUCAGCUCGUGCUCACGUAUUCUGGAGGCACCGACCACACCGAACGGGGUUGAGUACAGAGGGAGAUUCGUAACGGUGGGCGCAUUCCCGAUUGGAAUAGACCCCGAUAAAUUUGUCGAGGGCCUAAAGAAGCCGAACGUCCAGGAGCGAAUUGCAUCGUUAUCUCGCAAGUUCGAUGGUGUCAAGUUGAUCGUUGGUGUCGACCGUCUCGACUACAUCAAGGGUGUCCCGCAGAAACUACACGCGCUCGAGGUGUUCCUAACGGAACAUCCAGAAUGGAUCGGCAAGAUUGUGCUCGUGCAGGUUGCGGUACCAUCUAGACAAGACGUCGAAGAAUAUCAGAACCUCAGAGCGGUCGUCAACGAGCUCGUUGGAAGAAUCAAUGGAAAAUUCGGAACUGUCGAAUUCAUGCCUAUCCACUUUCUGCACCAGAGCGUUCAAUUUGACGAGCUCUGUGCUUUAUACGCGGUCUCAGAUGUCUGUCUCGUCAGCUCGACGCGAGAUGGCAUGAACCUCGUGUCAUACGAGUACAUUGCGACCCAACAGAACCGACAUGGCGUCAUGAUCCUCUCCGAGUUUACCGGAGCCGCCCAAUCGCUGAAUGGAAGCUUGAUUGUCAACCCCUGGAACACCGAGGAAUUAGCGAAUGCGAUCCACGACGCAGUGACGAUGUCUCCUGAGAUGCGGGAAGCGAACUUCCGCAAGUUGGAGAGAUACGUCUUCAAAUACACCUCGGCAUGGUGGGGUCAGAGCUUCGUGAACGAGUUGAUCAAGGUCAAUAGCGCUCAUAGCCAUGGCGUGGAUAGUAAAGUUGGGCCGGAUGCGAGACCGAUACUAAGCAACGAGGUUGGCCGUGCCCUGUCGGGUGUCUUCGAGAGCGUGAAAGCGGCUACUAGUGCGGCCGCCCCCUCUGGUAGUGCCUUGGGAUUACUGAAAUAAAGAGUACAACGGUUAAGCCUCAUCGAAUGAAGAUUGUCUCGGGAUAGGGCGAAGAAAGUGGCUAGGAUCAACUUGAGCUUCGAUAAUUGAGGAUCUAUAGAAUAUAACGAAGCGAUGAACAAAGGAAAAGAAAGCAUGUGAUCGAGACAGGUCCAGGAUGGAGUUCAAGGAUUGAUAGAUAUCGGCUAAGGGGUCUUGCAAUUUUGGGUGGUAGACCCGUGCAUACUUUGAGGAGUUAAUAUAAUGCCUGUGUUGUACUUUGAAGCAAGACUACUGAGUACCUAGUACUCAA